AUGGCCUCCCUAAUCCCCCCGGGGAUGGACCUGUGCAUGCUCCCGGCCGCCAUAGCGCCACCAGGGGAGACGUACAACUUUGAAAACCCGGAGUCGCUGGCGGCGGCCACGGCGGCCCUCGACAUCCUCUUGUUGAUCCUGACCUAUCUGUUUGCCGGCGCACGGCUAUGGCAGAACCGGCACCGGUGGAGAAUGUCCGACUACAUGACAAUGGUGUCCUUGGCCAUCUACACGGGCCUCACGGGCAUCUUCAUGUCCCUGCAUCAGUACAACCGCCACCAAUGGGACGUGCCGCUCUGCUGGUUCAACGGCCACUACAUGAAGACACUAUACGCCGAGAUCCUGCUGUUUGGCGCCACCCAGUUCUUCUCCAAGGCCGCCAUCUUCCUGCUGUUCCGCGAGCUGUUUGGAAUCUCGGUCACCAUGCGCCGCGCCGUGUGGGUGGGCAUAGCGGCCAGUUUUGUUGUUUACGUCUCCUUCAUUCCCGUGGCGAGCUACUUCAUGGCACCCAAGAUGGGCCAUACCUGGGACGCCCUCCCUUUCGAGAUGGAGAGCGGCAUCGCCCUGCAAUCCUGGGGCAUCGCUAUCGGCGCUUCUACCGUCCUGCUAGACAUUUAUAUCUUUUUCCUGCCGCUGCCCGUGCUGUCCCACCUGAAUCUCACUCGCUCCAGGCGGAUGAGGCUGAUUGCCGUCUUUUGUACCGCCCUCUUUGGUGUUGCUGCUAGUGUCCUGGCACUGGUCUACCGGGUCAAGCUCUUCCUGAGCUCGGACGACAACACGUGGGGCCAGGCCCUCAUUGCGAUUUGCAACCAGGUCGAGAACAGCGUCGCCAUCAUCGUGGGUUCAGGGCCGGCCUUUUCCGCCUUUCUGCGGGCGCACGUCAUGGGUAUUAGUGAUGGGUCAUGGUGGACCAAAGCUCGCUCGAUGUUGCGCUCGACC